AACAGCCUCAUAAAGGCAGGUGCGGAAAAGCAGCAGGAACCCAGCUCGAAGCAUCUGCCUAUGCACAGAGCCCCUGGCCCCUCCUUGACGACCGCGUGCAAAGUGGCACCUGAGCCAGCCGGUGCAGCCGCGUAGACGGUGGCGGGAUAGGACCCUCUCCGCCGGCUCCUGAAAGCACCGGUGUCCUGCAGUCCACGGUCGCGUCUCUGCGAAGGGACAAGGACCUCACCCCUAAGAACCUCCGAAGAGACGGGAUUUCUCCGGGAAGGGGAAGCAGGAUUUUGUUGUGUGGCUUGGAGAUGAGGCAGGUAUCUGGAGUGGGGUUCCUCCUGGGAGUUAUGUGUCUCCCAGCGGCACUGGGACAGAGAAGCUCGGGAAGCCCUCUAAAUAACAGCCAGCCUGAAAGCUUUGCCAUCGUCUCUUUCAAAUGGGAUCACGUCAAGGACCCUUAUAUCAUUACACUCUGGAUACUUGUGGCCAGCUUGGCCAAAAUCGUUUUCCACUUGUCCCACAAAGUCACUCGGGUGGUUCCAGAGAGCGCUCUACUGAUUGUUCUUGGUCUUUUCCUUGGUGGCAUUGUAUGGGCAGCAGAUCAUAUUGCCUCCUUCACUCUUACACCAAUCAUAUUUUUCUUCUAUCUGCUACCACCCAUUGUAUUGGAUGCUGGAUAUUUCAUGCCAAAUAGAUUGUUCUUUGGAAAUCUUGGUUCCAUUCUUUUGUAUGCUGUCAUUGGCACAGUCUGGAAUGCUGCCACAACCGGUUUAUCUCUCUAUGGUGUCUAUCAGACAGGAAUAAUGGGCCACCUAAACAUUGGACUGCUGGACUUCCUCCUGUUUGGCAGCUUAAUUGCUGCUGUGGAUCCUGUAGCGGUUCUUGCAGUGUUUGAAGAAGUCCAUGUCAAUGAAGUUCUGUUCAUCAUUGUUUUUGGAGAAUCACUUCUGAAUGAUGCUGUAACUGUGGUGCUGUACAAUGUGUUUGAAUCUUUUGUUAAAAUAGGUCAAGAGAAUGUGACGGGGAUUGAAUGUGUCAAAGGCAUAGUGUCAUUCUUUGUGGUUAGCCUGGGUGGGACACUGGUUGGCAUUUUCUUUGCCUUCCUGCUCUCAUUGGUCAGUCGUUUCACCAAGCACGUGAGAAUCAUUGAACCUGGAUUUGUGUUUAUCAUCUCCUAUCUGUCCUACCUCACAGCCGAGAUGCUCUCUCUUUCUCCUAUCCUUGCGAUAACUUUCUGUGGCAUCUGCUGUCAGAAAUAUGUCAAGGCUAACAUAUCCGAACAAUCUUCUACAACUGUAAGAUACACCAUGAAGAUGAUGGCCAGUGGUGCAGAAACUAUUAUCUUCAUGUUCCUGGGAAUUUCAGCUGUAAAUCCAAACAUCUGGACUUGGAAUACGGCAUUUAUUCUAUUGACUCUGGUUUUCAUCUCAGUAUACAGAGUUAUUGGUGUAGUUUUACAGACAUGGAUUCUUAACCACUACAGAAUGGUCCAGUUGGAGAUAAUAGACCAGGUGGUGAUGUCAUAUGGUGGACUACGUGGAGCGGUUGCUUUUGCUCUGGUUGUACUUCUGGAUGAGAAAAAAGUGGAAGAGAAAAACCUGUUUGUCAGCACAACUAUCAUUGUUGUGUUUUUUACUGUUAUUUUUCAGGGACUGACUAUCAAGCCUUUGGUACAGUGGCUGAAAGUGAAGAAAACUGAACACAGAGAGCCAAAACUGAAUGAGAAACUUCAUGGCAGAGCCUUUGAUCACAUUCUUUCUGCUGUAGAAGACAUUUCUGGACAAAUAGGACAUAACUAUCUGAGAGACAAGUGGUCCAAUUUUGAUAGGAAAUUCCUCAGUAAAGUACUGAUGAGAAGAUCUGCUCAAAAAUCAAGAGACCAGAUCCUUAAUGUUUUCCAUGAACUCAACUUGAAGGAUGCAAUCAGCUAUGUAGCUGAGGGAGAACGUAGAGGUUCCUUAGCAUUUAUACGUUCUCCAAGUACAGACAACAUGGUAAAUGUGGAUUUCAGCACCCCACGCCCAAGUACUGUGGAAACAUCUGUCUCUUAUUUACUGAGAGAAAAAGCUGGACCAGUUUGCCUUGACAUGCAAGCUUUAGAGCAGAGGAGGAAAAGUAUCCGGGACACAGAAGACACAGUUGCUCAUCACACCCUACAACAGUACCUGUAUAAACCCAGGCAGGAGCACAAACAUCUAUACAGUCGACAUGAGAUCAUGCACAAUGAAGAUGAGAAACAAGACAAGGAGAUUUUCCACAGGACAAUGAGGAAGCGCUUAGAAUCUUUCAAGAGUACCAAACUAGGAAUAAACCAUUCCAAGAAACUCAAUAAAAUCCACAAGCGAGACCGGGGCCAAAAAAGGCGAAACAGCAGUGUCAUACCAAAUGGAAAAAUACCUUCAGAGAAUCAAGUACAAGACUUUACUUUGAAGGAAAAAGAUUUGGAGUUUUCUGAAUCAGAAGAAAACAAUGAUUAUGAAACUUUGCAUCGAGGCAAAGGAGCUGAUUUCCUGGCUAAUGUGACAAAGCAAAAUUUCACAGAUAAUCCUACCGGAAUUGAUAACCCAGUAUUUUCAGCUGAUGAUGAUCAGAGCAUCUACAUGAAGUUCUCACCAUGGUUAUCUGGUGAAGAUACUGUGGUACCAUCCCAAAGGGCUCGAGUGCAGAUCCCAUAUUCUCCAAACAACUUCAGAAGGCUCACUCCAUUCCGGCUCAGCAAUAAAUCAAUAGAUUCCUUCCUGCUAGCUGAUGACCCAGAGGACCAACCCAGAUCUUUUCUCCCAGAAUCAACACAUAUGUAAUAUUUUAAAAGAUAGCAUCACCUUCAUUUUUAAUCAGCAUUCCUAUCAACCCUGACUACUGACAAGUAAACUUACUUUGCUGAUUUUUCUUCUCCUAGAGCAUCUCCUUCCUUCCUGAAUUCUUCGUACAACUAAACAUCUUCUAUUUUCCUCCAACUUGGAUAACAAAACAUCUUGCUAUUUUUCCUUCUGCAGAUGAACUGGCCAACUAUUUAGGGUCCAAUUCUUUGUUAGGUUUACAGCAGAUAAGGGUCCUGCUCUUUGUUUUGGCUUGAAUAAUUUAAAUACCAAGAAAUUAGUAUUCAACUACCAGAAUAUUGUGCACCCAUUUUCAAGAGGCUCCAGCU